CAAUGGCCGGCAAUAAUGUCACAAUGGUCAGUUCGACACAGAAAACUCUUUUGUCAGGUUACGACCUGAAGGUGUACGGACUUGACAACGGUCAGUUUCUAUAUAUUCAUAUUCCAGCACUGACUUGUAUAGUGUUCAGUUUCAUCUGCGCUGUAGCGGUUAUAAAGGAAGCUUUCCGUCUCCAGAGUUACAGAACAUUUUUCAGUUGGUCAAAGAGCGAGCGUUUCUUGGUGUACCUGGCAGUGUGCGACGGACUGUUCAACGUGGCUCAUUCUCUGGACCAUCUCCACAUACUAAUAACAAGAGAUCACGUGCAUCCUUCCGAACUUUGUGAAUUUUAUGGUUUCAUGUUGGCAGAAUUCAUCACAGCACAAAACCUGAUGGUCAAUAUAGUGGCUAUCAAUGCGUUCGUGUUGAUCUUCUAUAGAAAGAAAUUAUACUUUGGGCGGUACGACUGGAAGAUUCUACUCUGGACGUUCGGAACACCUUUUGUUGGUGCCACGAUCGCAGGGAUAGCGGGUCAACUAGGUCCGAAUGGGGCAUUUUGCUACUUCGAUGGUGUUAAAGGGGAGAUAACGAAUUUAUUUUUCACAACGGUUCCUCUAUUGCUGGUUUUAGUAGUAAACACUGUCCUAUACGUGCUUACCUGGUACAGGAUACACACGGAAGGCAAGCGUCUAAAAGAUGUGAUCGGGAGACAGGCAUCAACAGUCAGAGCCUCCCACAAAAUAGCUCGGACAAUGUCGUUAUUUGUGACUGCUUUUUUCGUCCAAUGGUGGGCGAUGGCGCUGUACGGUAUAUGGCAAUUAGCAACAGCAGACGUUCCGCAAACUCUUUUUCAUUUAGUUACUACAUUUUCAAAUAUUGGAGGAAUCUUAAAUGGGAUUAUUUUCGUGAUUAUCAGACGCCGUAAAAUGACUGGGUAUUACGAGAAAGAGAAGAUGAAAGAAACUUCUACAUCUAACCGGGACAGCAGUUCCGAUGUGUAG